GUGGUUCCGGUAGGGGGUGCCAGAGGCGCCAAACUAGCAGCCAGAUGAUAAGACAUGUGGCGGAGACUUUUUGAAAUCAAUGCUUCGUUUUUAGUUAAAAACAAUCCGCAUAUAUCGUUAUUAAACAGAAUUACACCACAAGAAAUUGAACGCUAAAACACUCUAGUAAGUGGGAGUCAGCCGCAGCAGCAGCGGAAGUUGUGAUCAGGACCGUCUGGGGUCAAACAUGACAGGAGCUGGAAGUGGCGGGCAGGGUCCUCCUGAUGGCUUAGACUCAGAGGAGGCAGAGAAAUGUCCGGUCUGCCUGGCCGUCCUGGCUGGACGCGAGCUCUCCAUGCCUGACAGCUGCUGCCAUGUUUUCUGUCUCCAGUGCCUCCUCACGUGGGCAGAGUUGCAGAUGUCUCCCUCCUGCCCUGUAGACAGAAAACCCUUCAUUAAUAUUUACAGAUGGGACAGCAGCCGUGGCCUGGUGCAGGUUCCUGUCCAGAGGCGAGCAGUUCAAACAGAAGCUGAGAGCUGCUGCUGUAGAAACCCCGAAAAAAAAGUCUGUCUGAAAAGAUCGAGACGACAGAAAACUGAAAGGAUGGCGAACUCUAAAACAAGAGGACUUGUGAGGAAAUGUAACAACAAUGACCCGUCUUCUUUGGGCAGAAAAAAGGUGAGGGCAAUCGAGUGCUGCACCCGGUCACCGAUUCCCUCAAUAACACCAAUGCAGGAAGUAGAAGAUCCUGUCUGGCUGAUGGAGGACGGACCAUUUGACACUGAAUUAAAACUCUGCAAACCGCAGGCACAACAUUGCCCUUGGCUGUCGUCUGCUGCUCCCAUUCCUGCUGGCGGCACUUUAAGGCAGCUUUCUCAUGGACGUGGUUGGAACAACAACAGGUUUCCAUUUGGACCCACCUCGUUGCCCUUUACCUCCAGUUCACCGUUUAGACCAAGGCCUUUUGUAUUUCAGAGUGUUGUCUGCGCCAUCACAUGUCCCAAAGGAGGAGAGAAGCGAGGCGGCAGGUCUUCAUCGUCCAAAGCACCCACCAAACAGCCAGAGUCUCUACCCUCUAGAAGAUCUGGACGCAACAGUAGAACCCAGGAGGAAAGUCCUGCAUCAGAUUCAAAAUCACCAAGAAAGUUGAGUGUGUCGGACUCCGACUCAUCUGCUGGUCAGUCUACCAAGCCGACCAAACCAUCUCAGGUGCCGAUCAAGAGGAAAGGUAAACGGGUAACAAACCGAAAGGCCAGUGGAAAACGAAAAGCCACGAGGAAAAAUUCUUGCAGCACAGCAGCAAGUGAGGAGGAGGAGGAGGAGGAGGAAGAGGGUGACGGAGGUGACAGCAAUGAGAUGAUGGAAGAUCCUCUUAAAGAGCAGGAGGUGAACAACUCAGAACAGCCGCAUAAUGAUGCUGAAGGCGUCCUCAACGAAGAACAGAGUGGACUCUACUCUGAUGAUGCAGAAGGAGGUGCUGAAUCUUUGAAGAUUGAGGAAACUCACGAUGAGACUCAGGAACAAUCUGGUGAACAGCAACAAGAGGAAGAGGCUGGUGAAGACAACAGCAAGCACUCCUGUUCCUCCCCCUUAGCUUGUGACAGCCCCAUCUCUGGCUCUGAGGACAAGAGAGAAGAAGAGCCAGCUAGUUCAGUUACUAUCCAAGAAAAAGAGGAUGAGGAAGAAGCUUCACAUUCCCCUACCGACUCUCACAACACUCUACUAGAACCCCCGAUGUCUCCUCAGAGCGGGGAGCACACGGAGCAGGAUAACGACAUGGAGAUUAGUGUACCGUCUCAAGAAGCCCACCAUGAAGACUCUUCAGAAGAUUUAAAGGAUAGCGUAUGCAAAGACUUGACUCAAUCUGGUUUCCCAAAAACUGAAGAGCCUGAGGAAAAUAUAGCCAAUCAAGAAGCAGGAACUUCUAAAGAAACUAACUUUGAGAUUCCUGAAUCAGCAGAAUGUUUAGAAGAUAAAAGCGACGAACCUAAGGAGAAUGCCAUGCCCAAGGAAGACACCACAACACCCAAGGAGGACAACGUGCCCCAGGAAGAUCUAACAGUGUCCAAGGAGGACACUGCUCACCACGAAGUCACAACCCUCAUGGAUGAUUGCAUGUCCAAAGAUGACACAAAUGUGGUGCCCAUGGAUUGCGGUUCACCCAUGAGCGAGCAUGGGAAUGAUUUAAUUUUUGAACCUUCAAAUGACAAGACUACUGUUGCUGCUGCUGCUGCUGCAAAGCUACCUGCUCCAGAAAUUCAAGUCGCCAAGGACGAUUUUACAAAAAGACAUCAGGAGAGAGAGAGGAGCCAAGAGAGGAAGAAUGGAAAACAGCGGCGCUCUCGCUUCCACUCUCCAACAUCCACCUGGUCGCCUCAAAGGGAGGCAAAGAAGGAACCAUCUAGACGUUCUCGGUCAAGAGAACGUGAUGGUAGUUUGCCCUCAAGUCAGCCCUCACGAGCUCGCAGCAGAGACAGAGAUAGGGACGGAGAGCGAGACUACUCCAGGAGGGACCGAAGUCGUGAGAGGAGAAGGCGACGAUCCAGGAGCCGUUCUAGAUCGAGAUCUAGGUCUCGAUCUAGAUCCAGAUCUCGAUCAAGAACCAGAUCAUACCGAAGAGGGCCCAGCCCUGAGAGAGGACUGUCCAGGGAACAGUCUCCCCAGAGGAAGGAACGUAGGAGUGGCUGGAGGUCUGGUCCUGGAGGUGGUUCUGGUCAAGACGGACGCAGACAAGGAGGCGCUGGCCGCUUUGAAAAUGGUGUCCCUCCUGAAAAUUCUCUUGAUCGCCAAGGCUGGUCAGAAAAUCCUGACUGGGUCACAGAAAAGACCCGGGGGAACGCUGAAGUCAGGAGCUGGGACAGCGUGGGCUCACGCUGGGGAGAUCAGCACAGGAGCGGAGGAAACGGGGUGGAGCCACGCGGUCGGACUGGUCGCACAGGGUUUGAACGUGGCGGGGGUGCGGGGCAGGGUGGCAACUGUAGCUUGUACAACCAACAGGAAGAAUCUGGUGACAGCCGCUGGCAGCCCAGAAACAACUUCUCAGGAACAGGCAACAAUUCAGGGAACGACUCCUACAGCCGCUUUAACGAAAACCGGGGAGGCGGUCGUAAGAAGGAAUCAGAUGCAGGAGACUCUAUGCUUGAUCGGUCAGGCUGGUCCUCAGCAUCCAGCUGGGCUGUGAGGAAGACGCUCCCCGCCGAUGUGCAGGAUUAUUACUCCAAGAGGGAGAGAGGCGGACCCAGCAGCUGGAACCGACAAGAGGAAGAGACGCAGUCGCUGCUGGUAGCAGAUCCCCCAAAGAUCGAUCCAUCUCCCCAGGUCAUCCCGGGGAACGCUCCGGUGGCUGUGAUGAGUGUGCUUCCUCCUCAUCCGUCUCAGAUGGGUGUUCUUCACCAUCAGUACCCGAUCCAGACCCUGCCAGUGACCCUGCAACCUGCAGCACCCUACGCCAUGCCACCCCAGGUCCCAGUGCACGUCCACCCUGCCGUACCACUGCUUCAGUUGCCUGCUGUUGGCGCUCAGAGCCUUCCACCCCCUCCGCCGCCGCCUCCCCCCAUGCAGGCUGGCAACCAGACUUCACUCACAACAGCUCAGCCUGAUGGUCACACAACUCGGAUGGUGAGCACAGUUGUUGGUUUCAUCAAACCCACGCUCCUUCCUACUCCAACCAAAGUAAGUGUUGCCGCGGUGACCCAAGGCCAGGUGCAACCAUCCUCUACCACUCAGUCCAGCCAGCAUAGCAAGGCUCAAGCUGACAGCUCCAAAAAGGAAAAGAAACAACAGAUCCAAGAGAAAGCUGUAAGUGAAGUUAAGACCGCCAUCAAACCGUUUUACCAAAAGAAGGAAAUCACAAAGGAGGAGUACAAGGAGAUUGUCAGGAAAGCAGUAGAGAAGGUUUGUCACAGUAAGAGUGGAGAGGUGAACUCCAGUAAAGUGGCCAACCUGGUAAAAGCUUACGUGGACAAAUACAAACACGCCCGCAAGAAAUGACCUUCUGCUGGAGCACGACGCCCUCAUAGACCCAAUCUGCUGCUCAAGUGCAAUUUCCUCCUGCUGGAGUUUGGCCUCCGAGGUGAACGACGACGGAGAGCCAGUGUGGUCUUUUCUUUUGAUAUCUUAACUUUUAUUCAAUGAAGAUUUCUUUUUUUUUUUAAAUAGAUUUACAUAUUUUGUUAGAAAAGAAUGAAUUCAUCACAAAUUGUAAUGCAAGAGCCCUUUAUUUUGCAUAACUGACCAGACUUGGGGACUACUGGAUGAAGCAACACAGCUUGGAGAGCUUGGAUGAUGGAUACUCAAGAUAAGGGUGGUCUGGAGUCUUCUGUAGCAUCCUGAUUGCGUUAAUCGAUAUUUGAAUAUUAAAAUCUUUUUAAGAAAAGUAUAUUAAUUCAAACAAACUCCUGGUCAAAAAGUGCUUUGUCUUUAUAAUGAAGCUUUGUGGCCCAAUGAAGGGCUGGAAUCUGCUGACUGAUUGUAAUCUGGUCCCUGAUUGGAUCCAAGGUGACAACCCCAAUUAGCAGUGGGUGUUUCAGGUUUUGUCUGGAGACGAGGGGGUUGAACAUGACCCCGCCCCCUUUUGAAUGUGUAAUAAGUACUUAUUUGUGAACACGAACUGUCCCAAGUAUCCUGAGAGCAGUGGGGGAAAAAAUCAGCUGCUUUAUUGUGUGCUGUUCAUCAGAGAAGGCUCUGACUGCAGGUGAAGGGUGCAUCUACAGCUCUAAGCCACCAGGUGGCGCUACAGCUCCUGUUUCUGUGUAAAUGCUUAGUUUUAAUUUUAAUGCUCAGUAUCUCAUAUUUACUUUUUGAUAAUUUUUGUAGAAAACCGUAUGAUAUUUGCGCUCUUUGAAAGGAAGUUUGACUGUGCACCACCCAGUGAGCCCCUCAGAGUAAUGUGGCUUUUGUCCCACUGUCUAGAAACAAUACGUCUGUUUUCCUGAACACAAAAGAUCUAAAUAAAAACCACGGUUUUAUUUCA